AUGUGUGGAAUUUGCUGUAUGUUAGUUUUGUCCCCCCAAAAUGCUCCUGUUAUUUUGGGAGAGGAAAUGCUUGAAUGCCUUCGACGAAGAGGUCCUAACUAUAGUCAACAGUUAUCCAAAGUGGUGCCUGAUCUGGGCUAUAGUUGUAGCUUUUCUGGUCAUGUGCUGCAUAUGAGAGGAAGCCUAAAUCCACAGCCCAUGCAGGAUGCUCAAGGAAAUCUCCUCCUUUGGAAUGGGGAGGUGUUUGGGGGUAUUGAAAUGAAACCUGAAGACAAUGACACUCAGAUUAUUCUUCAGCAUUUGUCUUCAUGUUACAGUGAAGAAGACAUUCUAUCUGUCUUUUCAGCUAUUCGAGGACCUUGGGCUUUUAUCUAUUACCAACCAUCCACUCAUUGUUUGUGGUUUGGUCGAGACUAUUUUGGUCGCCGGAGUUUACUAUGGCAGUUUAAAAAUCCCUACCUUACUCUUGUAUCAGUGAGUGCUUCUCUCCCAAACUGUCUAAAUGUCCCUUGGUAUGAGGUACCAGCACGUGGACUUUAUAAAAUUGACCUACAAAAACAGCCCAAUCCCAGCUGUCUGGCACUAACGUGGUACCCUUGGAAACAUGUUUCGACUGAAUGUGAAAUGGCUUCUCACUUACAAGCUCAGUUCAGUGAAGAACUUCCUAAUUUUGUUUCUGUGCUUUUGAAUGAAUCAAGGAUUUUCCUCAGAGCCCCCAUCAUUCCUAUGAAUUGCAGUAUUCCAGAUCCAUGUACAGAAAGUAAUUAUUCUGCAAGAAAUUUGACAAAUGUUGACAUGUGUCUUUCAGAUGAACACAAGAAAAAAAUUGUUCAUCAAUUUAUUGAUAUUUUGAAUGAAUCUGUUAGACGACGAGUGCUUUUUUUACCAAGGAACCUAAAUCCAUCUGAUUGUGCAGUGCAUAAAAUGAAUUCUGAUAAAGCAAAAGUAGCAAUUCUUUUUUCUGGAGGUGUUGAUUCUAUGGUCCUCUCUGCCUUGGCUGACCGACAUGUUCCUGCAGAUGAACCUAUUGACUUACUGAAUGUAGCCUUUGAGCAGCGAGAAAGGAAAAUGCAAAAAAUCUCAAAGAAAAAGCAGCGACAAAACAAUACUGCUGAUGCAUCAGAAAUGGAGACUUCAAAAAAUGACAGUGUUACUAUUAAGGAGAAAACUGCUUUUAAUGUGCCUGAUCGGAUCACUGGCCAGGCUGGUUUAAAAGAAUUACAAAUUAUAAAUCCUUCCAGACAUUGGAAUUUUGUAGAAAUCAAUAUCACAUUAGAAGAGCUGAAAGAAAUGAGACAACACCGGAUUAGCCAUUUGGUACAACCCCUGGACACUGUUUUGGAUGACAGCAUUGGCUGUGCGGUAUGGUUUGCAGCAAGAGGUAUUGGUAUUAACACCAGCAAUGAAGACAUCCAGCAGUAUAUCAGCACUGCUAAGGUGGUGUUGACUGGGAUUGGCGCUGAUGAACAACUUGCAGGUUACUCCCGUCACCGCAUCCGCUACAAAACAUCAGGAUUUGAAGGCCUGGUCAAAGAACUGGAGAUGGAACUUGAUCGCAUCUCCUCACGUAAUCUUGGAAGAGACGACAGAGUCAUUGGUGACCACGGGAAAGAAGCAAGGUUUCCAUUUUUGGAUGAAGCUGUGGUUUCCUUUCUAAACUCACUUCCUGUGUGGGAUAAAGCAGAUUUGACUCUGCCUCAUGGGAUUGGCGAAAAGCUACUCCUGCGAAUGGCUGCAAAAGAAUUGGGCCUCUCGGCAUCUGCCACUCUGCCAAAGAGAGCAAUGCAGUUUGGAUCUAGAAUCUCAAAGAUGGAAAAUCAUAAGGAAAAGGCCUCUGACAAAUGUAGCAGAUUACUGCAAAACAUGGGGGAUUAGUUGUCUUUGCUGUUUAACAGUAAAUAUUUACUCCAUUAACUGAAAACACAGCAAAAAUUGGAGGAUUAGUUGUUUUUGCUUGAGACUUCUAUUAUAAUACAUAAUUAUGUAGUUAAGUGAAUAAUUUAAACAGGUGUUGAGAUAUUCUGGAAUACUUGGUUGUUAAAAAAAGAUAGGAGCAUUUUUUAUCUUUCAAUAUUUUUCCUUUCUCCAGUCAAGCAACCGGAAAAUAUUAGCUGCACCCUACUUCAAACUGAUUUGGACAGAAAGUAAUUAAAUAUGCUAAGGAAACUCCUUGAGGCUAAGGGAAGCAGUUGGUCUUAUUCAGCAAUGUGUGUGCCUUUACAUUUGAUUUGAAUAAGUGCUAAAUCUGGCACUUUGUUUUUAAAUAUGGUCAAGGUACCUCAAUAUUUUAAUACAUUAAUGACAUGGAUAUCCCAGUGAAUUUCUAAUAGAACUUACAUAUACAUUUGGUAUCUCUAAUGUUACCUUUUAACAUUAAUGUCAGUUAAUUGAGUGACCCAGUUUCAUAUUUCCACUGUUUAACAGAUACAAGAAGAAAACAUGGGGAUUAAAAAUAUUCUCUGACACACAAUUUGUGCUGGGAAUUAAAUGUAAGAUUUCCAGCACUUACUGCUCUAACUAGUGUGCAAACUAGUGUUAUAUUGCUGAGUUUAUUUUACAACUAUUAGCUGUAUUACUUUGCAAUAUUAAUACAAAUACUAAUUUACAAAACCAAUCGUGCAUGAACUGUUGUUUUAGAUAUUGCAGAAGUAAUCACAAUAUAUUGGUGUUUGCCAUUAUUACAUUGUGGAACUGACAAACAUUAGUAUUUAUUCUGUUUGAUCUGCACAACUUGGUCCUGAUUCAUCUGUUACCCACUGUUUGUAGUCUGCUGUUUCAACCUCAUAUUUUAGUUCUAUCUUGUGAGCACAUACUCAGGGUUUUUGGCUUGUACUGUCCGUUGAGCUCUCUCUGGUGAAGCAGAUUUCAGGUAGAUCCGUGCCCUUUGUACCUGGUUCCGUGUGGCCUGCAUGUUUAUCUGUCCUUAAAGAUAAUGGAAGUUUCAUGUAGAUGUGUAGAAAUACCGAAUCAUUUAUGGGCAAUUCAGCAUACCUUUGCAGGUCCCACUCUACAACUUUAAUUGGAGUGAGCCAAAAUCAAUAAUUUACAUGAACUUCAGCUUCUUAUGAACUUAUGACACUAUCAUUUCUGAAAAUCUUGUGUAAAGGUACAUUAAGUCUGAGUGA